UCGUCCUUCACUUUCUCUACGGUCAGUGCGGCAGACAGAGAUAGAAGGAUAGAGGAAGGGAGUGAGUGAGUGAAUGAGAAAGACGGGCAUACAGGGAGUGAAACAGACAGAGCGAGAGUAGCGGCUCUUACAUCUAGACGCGUGUAGAUAUUUUGCUCCCGGAGAUUCYAAAUAAAACAAACAAGAACACAACAGAUCGCGCUUGUGACAGGACAGGCACCCGACCGAGAUAUUUGAAUGACUUUUCUGCCUAGCUGAAUUAUUAUUCCGAGGAAUAGUGUCAUAUGUGGAGAUUUCUUAACCUCGGAACGGCUGGCGUUUUUCAGCGCACGAGACACUGAAGAACAAGGAAUACAAUGCUAAGGAUUUUGGAUACCGUGGUCACUGUCGUGACCAUUUCCUUUGUGGUAGAGGGGGUGCUCGGUGGCUACGGGAUGAGCAUGUUCGCCGCGCAAACAUCUCCCCCGGACCCUUGCUACGACGAGAACGGUAACCCGAGGAGAUGCAUUCCCGAUUUUGUGAACUCUGCUUUCGGAAAGGAAGUCCGCACUUCCAGCACCUGUGGUAAAACCCCGGGUAGGUACUGCUUGGUAACAGAGAAGGGCGAUGAGAGAAAUAGGAACUGCCAUACUUGCGAUGCCUCGGACCCCAAAAAGUAUCACCCACCGACAUAUCUAACGGAUCUCAACAACCCCCAUAAUCUCACAUGUUGGCAAUCGGAAAAUUACAUCCAAUACCCCCAAAACGUCACCAUAACACUGUCACUGGGCAAGAAAUUCGAAGUCACCUACGUAAGCCUGCAGUUCUGCUCACCUCGACCCGAAUCUAUGGCUAUCUUCAAGUCUAUGGACUACGGMAAAUCUUGGGUACCUUUCCAAUACUAUUCGGCCCAGUGCAGGAAAAUGUACACCAAACCGAGCAAGGCCACCAUUACCAAACAGAACGAACAAGAGGCGAUAUGCACGGACUCCCACACGGACAUGCACCCUCUAUCCGGCGGUCUCAUUGCCUUCAGCACUCUGGACGGCAGACCGUCGGCGCACGACUUCGACAACUCGCCGGUGCUCCAGGACUGGGUCACCGCCACRGAUAUCAAGGUGACGUUCAGCCGAUUGCACACUUUCGGUGAUGAGAACGAGGAUGACUCGGAGCWMGCCCGGGACUCUUAUUUCUAUGCGGUGUCCGAUCUGCAAGUUGGCGGUCGAUGCAAAUGCAAUGGCCACGCUUCGCGGUGCGUAAAAGACAGGGAUGGAAACCUUGUUUGUGARUGCAAACAUAAUACCKCGGGACCGGAGUGCGACAGGUGCAAGCCUUUCCAUUAUGAUCGGCCGUGGCAACGCGCAACAGCUAGAGAAGCCAACGAAUGUGUCGCCUGUAACUGUAACCUGCACGCCAGGCGAUGCCGUUUCAACAUGGAGCUGUACAAGCUGUCUGGGAGGAAGAGCGGAGGAGUCUGUCUCAACUGCCGCCACAACACGGCCGGACGCCACUGUCACUACUGCAAGGAGGGUUACUACAGAGACCUGUCCAAAACCAUCUCUCACAGGAAAGCCUGCAAAGCAUGUGAUUGCCAUCCCGUGGGUGCUGCUGGCAAAACCUGUAACCAAACCACGGGUCAAUGUCCCUGUAAAGACGGCGUGACUGGUAUCACGUGCAACCGCUGCGCUAAAGGCUACCAGCAGAGCCGCUCGCCCAUUGCCCCCUGCAUAAAGAUUCCCGUUGCUCCUCCGACAACCACAGCCAGCAGUACAGAGCAGCCAGCAGACUGUGACUCCUAUUGCAAGGCGUCGAAAGGCAAACUGAAGAUCAACAUGAAGAAAUACUGCAAGAAAGAUUACGCUGUCCAGGUGCACAUUCUGAAGGCGGACAAGGCGGGCGAGUGGUGGAAGUUCACCGUCAACAUCAUCUCUGUCUACAAGCAGGGCGAGAGCCGCAUCCGCCGCGGAGACCAGUUCCUGUGGGUCAGGGCCAAGGAUGUGGCGUGCAAGUGUCCAAAGAUCAAGACCGGGAAGAAGUACCUGCUCCUGGGUAACAAUGAGGAUUCUCCAGGGCAGUCUGGAGUGGUGGCCGAUAAGGGAUCCCUGGUCAUCCAGUGGAGAGACACAUGGGCCCGUCGGCUGAGGAAGUUCCAGCAACGCGAGAAGAAAGGCAAGUGCAAGAAGGCAUAGGCGGAAAGGACGGACGACGCCUGGAGCGAGGGAAUGGAACGCGGGACAGGAGAAAGGAUGAGUGGGUGUUGAAAAAGGACGAGAGGAGAGAGAGGGAGACUGAGGAAGGACAGAAAGGGACUGUGCGUUGUCGCUACUUUUUCGAGUAGAAGCAUGAAGAGAAUAUUAUUGAGAAGAUUUUUUUUCUAGUGGACUUUUGUGAAGGAGCUCACGCUGCAGGUGUCAUUGCUUCGUUGUUUUUUCCUUCGAGAUUUGUCUCUGUGGAUUUGCCAAGUUUGCACCUAUUACCAGUAUAUAUAAAGUUAUUUGUCUUUUCA